AUUAUAGAUUUAUCUCAAGUGCCACUGCCUGUCCUAAUACCUCAGUCUGCAGGCUCCUCAUCUGCCACCAUAGACCGCAUCACAUACAUCUCUGGAAACCCACAAGCAUUUAGCAGUCGGCUCAGUAGCUCUCCUUUAUCUCCAGCAACAACCACGCAUAUGACCAAGCAGACCUCAACAAACUCUGAACGUGAAAGAGAAAAAUCAGUUCUUACAACGACAAUAGAACACGCGCCAAUAUGGAGGCCAGGUACAGAACAAAGCAGUGGACGGUUGUCGACACAAAGUCACAGCCACCAGCACUCUCCAGCGUCCCCACGGACACAUGAAAAUAUUCAGCAACGUCCCAGCGUUCUUCAUAACACGGGUAUGAAAAAUCUCAUGACCAGUGGAGAAAGCAUCACUCCAUCUGUAUUACGAACAUCCUCCAGCUCUUCACCUAUUCGGUCCUCUGCACAGUUAUCCUCUUCGUCUAUGCGAUCUGCCAGUGAAAGAGAGAGUUACCAGUCUGCAGAAAAUGCUAUGCUUCAGAAAGAUAUUGCAAGGACACGAGAAGCCAAAAUUGAUCGCUCAAGAACUGAAAACUUUUACAAUUCAAAGCUGCCACCAGCAGCCAUUGAACAGACAUCACCAGUUACGAACAUGGAGUCCAGGCCUCACCCAUCAGCUGUGGUUAAUUCAGCUCACCAGUAUAACAACGGACAGGGGAAAAGUCAACCUCACCAGCCCCUGGACCAGACAGCAGUGCCAGCCAGUGAGCAGCACAAUAGGGACAAGACCCAAAAUAAACCCUUUUCCAUGCAGGAACAGGAGCUCCGAUCACUCGGUAAGACCACCAUGACCGCGGCCAACUUCAUAGACGCCAUUAUCAUGCGUCAAAUUUCUUGUGAUAACGGGAAGCGAGAAAGACCCUCGCUAAAUACCAACGCCAGUAGUGAUGGAUAUCCAGCUGGGUACAGCCCUGACAGGCAUGAUGCAGUCAGCCCUCUGAGUUCUCCACGCAUGCCUCAUGAGAAGCAAGGCCGGGUUUCUGUGCAAGACUCUGACAACACCCGUUUGGAGCAUGAAUCCCGGCACAAACAAGUGUCUGUGAAGCAUGUAUCAGAAGGACAUCUGCGGCAGAAAACCGAUGGACAGCAGUCUCCAUGUCACACAUCACAGUCUGGGCCUCAUAUGAAAAGUCAACGUGUAGUCACCCUGGCUCAGCAUAUAAGUGAGGUUAUUACACAGGAUUACACACGGCACCAUCCACAGCAGCUACACCAACAAGUCUCAGCACCGUUGUAUUAUGCCGGCUGCCCUGUGCUGGAUCUAAGGCAAAACCCCACCGACACUGUCCUUCAACAAGAAGUAUGUCAGACUGCAAGGGCAUCUCCAGGGUGCAGUGGGGAGAAAAGAUCACCAGAUCAAAACAAGAUUUCUGCGCUGAGUGGAUCAGAAGAUGGUAUUGACCCCAUUUCUCCACCAGAGGGCAUGAGUCAGCCAGAGUAUACCAGAAGUUCUGCAUAUCCAACUUUAUAUAGAGAGGGAGAACAAACAGAACCAAGAAUGGGUUCGAAAUCCCCAGGGAACAGCACACAACCCCCGGCGUUCUUCAGUAAGCUGACUGAGAGCACCUCUGCUAUGGUUAAAUCCAAGAAACAAGAAAUCAUUAAAAAGCUUAGUACAGCCAACAGGAAUGAGCCAGAGUAUAACAUUGGACAACCAGGAACAGAAAUAUUUAACAUGCCAGCAAUUACAGGAUCAGGACCAAUCAGUUGCAGAACGCAGUCUGUGCAGGAGAGCUCCGGCAGCAACAUAGGGUUGGAGGCCAUAAUUAGAAAGGCCCUAAUGGGUAAAUAUGAUGAGCAGUGGGAAGACCGCUCAGCACUCAAUACCAAUGCUUUUAACCCUUUGAAUGCCAACACAAGCCUGCCCUCUGCUAUAUCCAUAACAGCUGCUGAUGGACGGAAUGACGACAUGCGGUCUUUGCCAGGUAGUGGAGGAAAGCCCAAAAUAUCAAGGCCAAACAGCCGGAAAACAAAGUCACCAGCUCCGGGACAGUCCUCUGGAGAACGUCCUCCUUCUGCAUCUUCAGUACACUCAGAAGGUGACUGUAACAGGAAAACCCCUUUAACCAACAGAGUGUGGGAGGAAAGGCCAUCUUCAACAGGGUCAACACCAUUUCCAUUCAACCCAUUAACAAUCAGGCUCCCUAACAGCCUUGUGGCUCCACCGCCUUCAACCACCAUUCCACAGAGCAACUCAUUAACCCCGCAGAGAGCUCGGGAUGAAGAGCCCAAACCACUGCUUUGCUCCCAGUAUGAAACUCUCUCUGACAGCGAGUGA